UUUUGAAGGGGGCGGUGGCUCAGUGUUUUUUUUUUAUUGCGUAUACAAAUCCGGGGUUCCGAUAACAACAAUGGAUGAAGGGCAUUAUCAAAUGGUGAACCUGUCCGGAAUUAUCUGCUGCUUUUCGUAAAUAUUGGCGGUGGGGAAUUCGAUGGAACUGUUAUGUGAAAAAUACGACGGGAAUGUGUUAUAAUUUGUGAAGAAUUUAUACUCUAAUUCGUUGAUGCGGCGCAUAUGCAACAUGGAUGGACCUGGCAGAAACUAUGAAAAACAUUGUUGCUAAAGGAAUGCAGACGGAGAUGGGUCCACCAGGAGGCGGAUCUGGAUACGCCGGCUCGGCCAGUGGAGCUGGAUAUGUCACUGAGACUAUGUAUUCUCUUCUCCGGCUCUAUCUGCAGAAUAAGGGAUGGAAUCCCAGCAUUGAACUUCUCCAGUGCUUUACCGAGCUAAAGGAGGCCUCAAUGUUGCCCAGUGCUGCUUAUCUCCAAAUGAUGGCAUCGAGAGUUGCUCUGGACGCUCAAGGGAGGCUAGUCCUUCGUGAAAAUGGUAAGAUAAUUCUCCCGUACGAACACUUUGCUAAUGCGGUAAUGCUGAAGCACAUGAAUGGUCCCCAUGGCCAUCAUCUGGGCCUCGAGAGUACAGUUCGAGCUGUCAUGGAAUCCUACACAAUCGGUCGUGAAUGUUUUGGAAUGGAGAAGGAGUUUAUUAUCGAAGUGGUGCAGAACUGUCCCAAUCCUGCCUGUCGUUACUACAAGAGUCAACUGGAGCUCACACAGAAGAUGAGCCACAUGGCGCCGACCUAUAUCCAGGACAAUGAGGCUGUGGCGUCAAUGCUGCGCUUUCCCCACAACACUGACUUCCAAGGGUUGGCUAACGCCAAUGCCAGCCACAUGACGGGCUCAGAGCUCCCGGAAAUUCGAAGUGUUGGGAAUCAAAUGAGUCUUCAACGUCCUCCCAGUCGUCCCUCACUCAAUAUUCCACAUCGAGCCUCCUGCCAGGAGAAGAAGGUUGGAAAGCAGCACUACGAGUCCAUGAUCAACACUCAAUUGCCUGAUCACAAAUUGACGGAUUUUUUGAGGUCUAAUUUGGAUAAUCUGGAGGGGCUCAGCGGACUUGGACUUGGAAAUCUCCAGGGGCUCACGAAUGCCAAUAAAGAUCUUCUUGCGUUGCACAAUGGCGCAUGGACAAUCGAGGAGAAAGGAGCGCGUUCAGCAGCCACCAAUACAGACAGUGGUGGGGGAAAAAUCGUUCGAGCUUUCGCUGAAGUAAUGAAAAACAUGGCGAGAAUGAAGGCUUGUGUACGUCCUGCCAUGUGCAAGCCCUAUGGAAAACAGUCGGAGGCAUUGCAAAAAACAUUGGUCGACACAAUUCAGUUAGUGCAGUCGUUGAGGAGCUUUCUUCCACCUCCACAUAUUCCCGUUUCCAGCUGGAAAAAUGAGGAUAAACACAGAUUAGAUCAUUCUGGGCCUACAUAUCUUCCACCUAGUUUAAAAGCCAGCGGCUUGGAAGACCUGUGCGAGCCUCGAAAGAUGGACUGAGCACUCUCCAAAAAUUUUAUAUUGAUUCUCUAGUCACAUUGGAGUCAUUUAAGUGAAUUGAGUUGAGGAACAAAUGGGAAAACAUUUUUAUAAGGACCAGACUGUUUUGCUCAAGAGUAAUGGCGUUUAGGACAUUUCGGUGAUUGUGGGCGUUAAAAAUGAGUCAUGCGUGGACUGUGAUAAAAGUGGGUAGUAAAAAGAGAUGAAAAACAAAUUCUAUCUAGAUUUUGAAUCGACUCGUGAUUUACUAAAUAUUGAUAUUAGUAUUUCGUUCGUUUUGUUAUCAUUUUUUUAUGAAAAAAAAAAAAAAAACUCCUGCCAGUGGUGCUUAUUGGUGCAAUCAGGGGGUCUUGCUUGCCUUACUACUGGCAAUGUACUGAAAAAAAAACAAACUUUUACAGUAUUUGUAAUAUAUAUUUUUAGAGAUGAAAUUCACCUGGGGUUGACUGGUGUUUUUGGAAAUGACAAAUUAUUAUAAUGAAAAAAGUCAAUAAUUAUUAGGAGUAAUGGCUGUAUCACCCCGGGACGGGACCCCACCUGAUCACACGUAAUGAUGCGAAAAAAUCUUUUAUAUUAUUUAUUUAAUUAGCGGAUAAGUCUAGAUAUAUCUUUUGUUAUGAAAUAUUGAAGUUUUAUUUAUACGUUCCAUGUUUGAAAUUUUUAAAAUUACUCAAAUUUUUUCAAUAAUCUAAGCUCCACGGGCAGGUCCAAAUCAACUGUUGCCAAUGAAGAAGUUAAGUAGUUAAUCAAUGAACUAUUCUUCCAUUGUCUUGUAAAUCCAUUAUUUUUAAUUGGUAUCAUAGCGAUUAUCAAUCGAUGAUACAAUGGCAGCUUCUGGGGGGAAAAUUAUUUAUGAAUCAGAUUCUGAGAAUCGUAGGUCUUGAGGAAUGAAUGUUUCGGCUAAUAAAAUUUUUCAAAAGUUUUCACGAAAAUUGAGAGUACGUGAGUUUGUUGAGGAUUUUUGGGUAAAGAUUAUACAAAUAUCCGUUCCUUUUACUUUGCAAAAUUGCUAUUUUUUUUUUUAUACGAGAGGAAAAUUCAGUAGCGAAGAGGUAAAGGGUAAUGGAGCCAAUUAAGCUGAUAGGUUCCCCAGAAAUAUCUGUGGGACUCAGAGAUAUUUAUGGAAAACUCGUCUAACGGACAGAUUGAGAUGUUAUCCUUUAGUGUUUACUACCGAGUUGUUAUCAUUUGAGCUGCUGCAAUAUUUACGAUCGAAUCGUGAUAUCAAUCCACGCUUCGACUGUAUCCUAUAAUUAUCUGUUGAUGUUUACACCAGUACUGUGUAUCGAGAAAAUGAGAAAAGCCAAAAAAAGCCGUGAAUGUUGAUGGAACUCGAAAGAUUAAAUUCAUGUAUCGAAUAAAAGCAAACCGUCGUUUUUGGGUCUCGCUAUCAAAGAAAACGUUGGGUUGUUGUCUAAAGAUAUUGAACCAAAGAAGACAAUUGCGGAUAACUCCUGAUCAAGCAUAUCAUCAACAACAAUAAAUUAACAUUGAAGUAACGAUCGUUGAGUCUUUGAUAGCCUGAUGAAGUAUUGAAUCAGUCCUUAAGAACGAAUUAUUAAUAAUUAUUAUACACAAAAAAAUGCU